UGGUAUUUUGAAUCGAAAUCAUCACCUUCGGUUUCUAUGAAUUUUCGAGGGAAAACAGAAUUUGUUCAUCAUCUCUAAUGGACAAACAAAGAUAUGUUCGUUCUCUAAUUUUAUGUUGAUUGAGCACUAAAGAUUCUGAAAAAUUAGGGUUCAUACUUUGCACCUGAAGAAGAUGAGGAUCAAGACUCGCCGUGGCGGAAGGUGCAAGCCUUCCCGGCGUUCCGUUACUUCUACUCCGUCGCCUAUGGCAUCUUCCCCUCUCCCUGACCAGGAUGUGCCGAAUGUAGAAGACAAUACUUUGCAUGAUGCAUCAAAUAAGGAAACUGACGAUGUGUUGGAUAAGAUAGAUUGCUUUCAAAAAGAUACUUGUACUAGAUGUGAUGAGAGUGGGGACUUGUUGGUUUGUACUGAACCUGGGUGUCCAAUUGCUCUUCAUGAAUUGUGUAUGUCCUGCGAGCCGUCGUUCGAUGAAGAUGGACGAUUCUACUGUCCUUAUUGUUCAUAUAAAAGAGCGUUGAUUCGUGUGAAUGAGUUGAGGAGGAAGACUAUGGUAGCAAAGAGAGCGUUAUCUGAUUUUAUUGAUACCAGGAUGGUUGGUGGUGACAAUUCACCUCGUAUGGGAGAGGCUGGUAAAAAGAAGUCAGAUGAUGUGUCAACUUGUGGAGGGGAUGUGAACCUGCCUAAUCAUGGGAGUCAUUUGUGCAAUGAGAGUUCACGAGAUCACGAUAUCCAGGUUGAGCAAAAUCAAAGUAAUGAAGGGGAGGACCGUGCCAGAGCAGGAGGAGAUGUUGAACCAACGUCAAUGGUGGGGGUUAACAGCGAAAUUCAUGAUGGCCCUAUUGUGUCUAAUGUUAGCAACAGCAGCCAUUCAGCUCCUACAGUUCAGCCAUGUGAGGAUAGGAUGGAUGAAGAAACUCAUGAGGCUGAGACAUCAGGUACACAUCAGGUUGAAAGUUUAGAAGAUAAAGAAGAUGGGAUAACAAUGGACAAAGAAAUCUUAAGGCCUAUAGAUGACAUUCAGGAUGACAGGAUUGCAAUGGAUCACGGACAGUUGGAGACUCCAGGUGCAUAUCAUUAUGGAGAAGCAACUGCUCAAGAACUUCAAGAAAAGGAUGGUGGUCGAGAACAAAUCCAACCCGACAACGAAAAGAUGCUUGAAAAUAUCGUUCCUGCAUCUGGAAAUAAUGAUUUGAAGAAUAAAACAACUGUGAAGAAAAGGCGCUUUAAAACUAAAGCUAAUAGGAGAACAGACUUACAGAAUGUCAAUUCUCCUAGAAAAUCGUUGCGUCUACAAACUCCAGAGGAAAAAAAGUCUCCUCGUAUACGAACUCCAGAACCUAGGAGAAAGUCACCUCAUAUACAAACUCCAGAACCUAGGAAGAAUUCACCUCGUUUACAAACUCCAAAACCUCAGAAAGAUAAUACAAUCAAAAUUGAGAAAGUUUCUGUCUCCAGGAAUCUAAAGCCGCAACCAGCGUCUCAUAAUCAACUCAAAAGCUUGGAUUUUCACAGUGGGAAGCGUAAGAGAAUGCGUUGGUCUGUUGAAGAGGAGGAAAUGUUGAAGGAAGGAGUUCGGAAAUUCUCUUCUACAACAAAUAAAAAUCUUCCUUGGAGGAAGAUUUUGGAAUUCGGUCGUCACAUAUUUGAUGACACACGUACUCCAGUUGACCUAAAAGAUAAAUGGAGAAGCCUUCUAGGCAGAUAGUCUUACUUAAUGGAUAACUAUUCCGAAUAAUCGCAAAGGCAUGUUCUCGAUGGGUAGCAAUCGUAGCAUUGGAACCUUUCAAUUUGGAUGUUGAAGAGACCUACAUGUUAAAUGAGUGAAAAGGAAUGCACAAACAGGUUGUCUUGAAGACUUUGAUUUGUAAUGGAAGGUAUAGAAGCUGUUGAGGAAGAACACUAUAUAGGUUGCCCAAAAUUCUCUUUAUGUUCCAUUCAAAUCCUUUUAAGUAGGUUAUAGAUAAGGUUCUCCAAUUUUGGUAUCCUGGUGUAGGUCGGUUCUGUUUUAGUAUGAGUUUUCGUUUCAACGUUUGCUCGUAAAUUAUGUUGUAACAAAUUACAUUUUAUGUAAAUAUCGGUUUGUUAGUUCAUGCUAUGAAAAUGUUCAAGCAAUUGAUGGAACUAUUGUUGAUGUGAUAUUGUGUAA